AUGCCGUCCCUGCGCACCAUCGCCUCUUCAUUCUUCGCUCUGGCGCUCGUCAGCGUCCCCGCCGCUCAAGCCGGCGCGUGGACUCCGGCCAACGUGACCGAAGCGGACAACACGCUGCUGAUUUCGGCGGUGAGUGACGUGAGCUCCUACAGCUCCAGCGUCUCCACGUACCUCUGUGUCCACAAGGUCAACAGCCUGAAGAAGCAGGCGGGUAAGACCUCCAACUACAGCUUCGGCGUGACUGGUUGCAACGCCGGCGGCGAGGAGUUCGUGGGUCGUUGCCCCGAUCUGACCAGCUUCCCCGGCUGCGGCAGCUACAACAUCGCGGUUUCGUCGGACUCCAAGACCGGCAAGCUCAAGGUGACGUCGGUCAAGAAGCAGGCAGCUAAGCAGGCUCCGAAGCCGAAGAAGGAAUCGCAGCAGACACCGAAGCAGGGCGAGCACGAGCAGCAGCCACCGAAGCAGGGUGUGCAGCAGGCUUCGAAGUAG